AUCUGCAGCAUUAAGUUGGAGUUUUUUAAGUCAGAGUUUCCUCCUUGUCCUCCGUGCUUGCUCCCAGUCCACCUGGGUGACCGGUGGUGACUAUCCGGGAGUCGGGCACCUGACCACAUGGAGACCAGGAUGCUCGGCGGGUGGAGAGUGAAAACCCCCGGCGGUGGUGGCGGAGCUGCUCCUGCUGCUGGAGGUGGUGCUGGUGCUGGUAUUGGAUCUCCUCCUCCUCCUCCAUCAUCAUCAUCACCAUCAUCAUCACCAUCAUCAUCCCACCACACACCUCCGCCGUUCAGCCACUUUAUCCAGCGGCAGCACCACCAGCGGCAAACCCACAACAACAACAACAACAACAACAACAACAUAAACAACAACAGCAGCAUCCAGCGGGGACAGGGAGAGAGCAGCGGGGACAGACAGCACCAUGGAGGAGAGGAAAACAUCCUCCUGGUGGGGACCAGCCGAGCAGAGGAGCGCCAUCACCAACACCAGCUGAACAGGAGUGAGGAGGAGGAGGAGGAGGAGGAGGAGCGGAUGGAUGCCAGCCUGGGAUCAGCCACCAACACCACCAACAACAACCCUCCUCCGAGUGGGACCAGCUCCGAGUUUAAUCAUUAUUAUGGGAAUGGAAGAGGAGGGCCUUGCUUUGAUCAACAUGGCGGACAACAAAGCCCAGGGACUGGGGUAACAGCGGCGCUCUCGGUACACAGCACCAUGGACCAGGUUCAGAACUCCCACGAAGGCUACAACAACAACAGCCCGUACAACCACUACCCGAACUACCGACCCGGAUACGGGACCAGUGGAUACGGAGGCAUGAUGAGUCCCUCACGCCAGGGGAACAACCUGAUGGGCCCGGGCAGCGGCAGCUCGGCCGCUGCUAACCACAGCAAAGCGGCUAUGGCUGCUACCAGCUCCCCGGCUGGAGGUGGAGGCGGCGGCAACAGCGGAGGAUUUCAGCGGUUUCCCGGACAGGGGCAGCAGCAGCAGCAGCAGCACCCGUCCGGGGCUACGCCGACUUUGAACCAGUUAUUGACGUCUCCGAGCCCGAUGAUGCGGGGUUAUGGAGGUGGAUAUCCAGACUAUAAUAAUCCCUCCGCACAGCAGCAGCCGAGCAUGGGGCUGGCUAAAGACAUGGGCUCCCAGUACGGCUCGGCUGCUCACGGCUGGGGAGGACAACAAAGAAAUCACCCGGCCAUGAGCCCGGGGAAUAACGGGCAGGGCAGCGGCAGGUCCCAGGUGCCGCCCAUUGACCCGAUGGCUAUGAAGCGCUCUCAGCUCUAUGGUAUGAGCAACAACCCGUACUCCCAGCAACAGCAGCAUGGGGCGCCAUACCCUGGCCAGCCCUACGGCACCCCCUCCCCCCACAGAUACCCGAUGGGGAUGCCCGGCAGGGGGCAAAUGGGGCUUGGAGGGAUGCAGUACCCUCAGCAACAGAUGGGUUCUCAGUACAGCCAGCAGCAGCAGCAGCAGCAGCAGCAGCAGCAGCAGAACAUGGGCGGUUACUGUCAGCCCGGUCAGCCUCCGUACUUCAGCCCCCCGCAGCAGCAGCCGGCCGCCCCCAGCCAGCCGCCGUACAUGCAGCCCCGCCCACUGCCGCAGCAGGAGGUGCCACAGGAGGCGUACGGGGGCCGGGGCCAGUCUGCCGCUAUGACUCCUGGGAAACCGAACCACGAGGAGAUGAGUCUGAGCCAACAGGAGAGACCGUCCAGCCUCCCGGAUCUCUCCGGCUCCAUUGAUGAUUUGCCCACCGGCACCGAGGCUGCGGUGAGUUCAGGGGCGUCGGGAUCAGGCAGCACUCAGGGCGACCAGGGGACUCCAGCCCGUUCUCCUUUCUCCCCCCACGUAUCGCCUCGACACCCACCGCCAACUCGCGCUGGGCCCUCGCCCUCCCCCUCGCCAUCCCCCGCCGGGUCCAGCAGCCAAUCACGAUCGGGACCACUGUCUCCCGCCACCAGUGGACCAGGCACUCAGUUGACCCCUCAGGUCCCUGGUCCUGGAUCAGAUGUUGGUCCUCAUUCCUCCCAGUCUGCCAUGACUCAGGAUAGAGGCUUUCCUCCUUCCAUGCAACGUAGCACCCCGGGGCCUCAGUUUGGCCCCCAGCAGUCAGCACCACCUAUGUCCCCUCACCCAGCGCCGGGGGGGGGCAUGCACCACGGCUCCUACCAGCAGGGCAGUUCGUAUGGCCAGUAUGGACCCCCAGGUAACUACCCGCGGCCCCCUCACUAUGGUGGGGCUCCCAGUGCCAACUACAGCGGCCCUGGUCCUGGGCCUGGCCCCGGUUUAGCCAACAGCCUGGGGUUGAAUGCCAGCAGUCCGAUGCACGGCCAGGGCCCCUCCACUCCGGCUGGUCGUGGCCCCGGGCCCGGCGCCGGUGGGAGAUCUUACCCUGCAGGAGGGAGCGCCAUGGCCCCCACCUCUCCAGGCAUGCCGCAGCCUGCUGGUCAGGGUAUGAGGCCCCCGGGGCCCAAUGCCAGCCGCAAACCACCAGAGGUCGGCCCCAACAUUGGGCCAAGUGCCAACUCUUCAUCUUCAUCCACAGCUGCUGCUCAGAACAGGCCUCCCUUUGCUCGUUCGCCCGUCUACCACAACCAGUCCUGGCCCGGGGGUCGACCUGCCCUCUCUCCUACUCUUCAUCCCUCCCACCCUUCUCACCCUCACCCUCAGCACCAUCCUCCUCUUCCUCACCCUCCUCAUCACACCCAGCAGGGCACCAAUGCUGUGCAGACCCCCCCUGAGCAUUAUGGGCAGGGCAGCUACCCAGGCAUGGCACCAAUGGGAGGAAUGGGCCCCGGAGGCCCAGGAGGUCCCGCAGGUCCCUACAGCCAACAACCAGGCAGCAACUCUGGGAGGAUGACGCCACAGGGACCCCCCUACAACACCCUGCCCUCAGGCCCAAUGAUGAUUCCAGCAGAAGGGAUGGGGGCUCAUCAAGAUGCCAAGCAAAGGGUUGAACUCGGCAAAGAGGGUGUUGGACCUGUUGCCGAACCACCCAAACCCAAGGACAGCUACAGCUCUCAGUGUGUGUCCCAGCCCCCCACCCCCUCCCCCAUGUCCCCCAGCUCAGCUAGUCUGUCCUCCUGUCAUGGGGAGGACAGUGAUAGCAUUAGCAGCCCCGCCUGGCCCAAGACACCGACCAGCCCCAAGCCCAGCGUGGCCACCAUGACCAACGAGAAGAUCACCCGGCUGUACGAGAUGGGCUCUGAGCCGGAAAGGAGGCUGUGGGUGGACCGGUACCUGUCCUUCAUGGAGGAGAGGGGGACACCGGUCCCAAACCUGCCCGCUGUUGGAAAGAAGCCGUUGGACCUGUGCAGACUUUACCUGGCUGUUAGAGAGAUCGGAGGCCUGGCCAUGGUCAAUAAGAACAAGAAGUGGAGGGAGUUAUCGUCCCUGUUGAACGUGGGGACGUCCAGCAGCUCGGCCAGCUCUCUGAAGAAGCAGUACAUCCAGUACCUGUUUGCCUACGAGUGUAAGGUGGAGCGUGGAGAGGAGCCUCCGCCUGAAGCCCUGGGGCCCGCCGGAGACACCAAGAAACCUCUAUCACUCCAGGCCAAGAUCCAGCCGCCCUCCCCAGCCAACUCAGGCUCCCUGCAGGGCCCCAACACCCCUCAGUCCAGCAGCAGCUCCCUGACUGAGGCCCCUGGAGACCUGAAGCCCCCGACCCCUGCCUCCACCCCGCACAGCCAGAUGGGCCCCCAGCCUGGAAACAGGAACAUAGGAGGAGUGAGCAUCCAGGACCCGUUCUCUGAGGGCAGUGACCCAGCCUUCCACAACAAGCGAGGCCCGGGACCCGGCGGUGCCCCCUACCAGCAGGGAGGAGGUCCAACAGACCCUUCUAUGAGGAUGCAAUAUGAUGCCAACAAAGACCCGUACGGAGGACCAAGGAAAGGUCCGGGGCCUGGUGAGGCCUUCGGUCCCGGUCAGAUGCCCAGCGGUGCCAUGCAGGACAUGUACCCCCGUGGGCCACCCUCUGGGCCCCUGACAGGGAUGGGCCCCAGACCCCAGUAUCCCUACGGCCCCGGAUAUGAGCGGAGGCCGGACCAUGUGAUGGGGCCAGAGGGAGGCAUGGCGCCCCCCGGAGGUCAGAACAACAUGGGUCAGACUGGAAACGAGGCCGGCAUGUACCCCACCAACAGAUACCCCCACCAGAGACAUGGACAUGAUGGCUAUGGGCAGCAGUAUCCUCACGGCAUGGCCUACAGUUCCCAUCAGCCCCUGUACCCUCAGCAGCAGGGCUACAAGCGUCCAAUGGAGGGGAUGUAUCCUCCCUCUAAGCGUCACGAGGGGGAGGGGUUUGGCGUGCAGCAGUACGGCUCUCAGCAGCCCGACAUGUUCGGCCCCCCCUACGGCGGCGGAGGAGGAGGAGGCGGGGGCUACAUGGGCCCUGAGCGGCGGCCGGUCCAGGGCCAGUACCCGUAUCCGUAUGGCCGGGACCGGCAGGGGCCCCCGCAGCACGGCAUGAUGGGCUCAGGUCCGCUGCCAGUGUCCGGGGGGCCAGGGGAGGGGCCGCAGGCCAACAUGUGGCACCCCAGGACAGACAUGGGCUACACGUACAGCAGGCAGGGCCAGGGGCCCCCCUACCCUAGCUUAAACCGAGGGGAUGACCAGGAGGGCAGGGCCCCCCAGGACAGCCAGUGGCCCCCCAGCCAUCCGGGCCAGCGCCAGCCGCCAUACCCCCCCCACUCUUCCUCGUCCUCCUCCUCCAUGCCCCCCCUGCCGUCCAGACAGCCCCCCUCCUCCUUCCAGGCGACGCCCACCGUCCCAAACCACGUGGCCCGCUCCCACAGCCCUUCCUCCUUCCCCCGGCCCAUGGGGGGGUCACUGUCCCCAAACACCGCCCCCUACCUGCCCUCCAUGAAGAAGCCGGGGCUCCCCGGCGUGCCCCCUGUCCCCCCGCCCACUCAGGGCCUCCCCCUCAUCCACAGGGAGGUCAGCUUCCCCACCAGCUCUGUGGAGGCCACAGCCCCCAAACUGAAGCCUCGACGCCGACUCACGGCCAAGGACACAGGAACCCCUGAGGCGUGGCGAGUGAUGAUGUCACUGAAGUCCGGCCUGUUAGCAGAGAGCACCUGGGCUCUGGACACGAUCAACAUCCUGCUGUAUGACGACAGCACCGUGGGCUCGUUCAGCCUCACACAGCUGCCUGGUUUCCUGGAGCUCAUUGUGGAGUUUUACCGCCGCUGCCUGAUCCAGAUCUUCGGCAUCCUGGAGGACUACGAAGUGGGAACUGAGGGCCAGAGGACCCUGCUGGGACCCCUGCCUGACCCCCCUGAGGUGGAGGAGGAGGAGGAGGAGGUGUUGAAGGAGGCUCCAACUGUCUCCUCCGAGUCUAACUGCCAGUCAACAGAGGAGCAGAAGAUCCUGGAGGAGGUGGAGGAGACGUCACCGCUCAGCGUCACCACUGCUCCGACCGUCGAUGCUGAGGUGGUGAAGGACAGUGAAGCGGCCGUCAAGGAGGAGGUGGAGGUGAAGGAGGAGCAGCAGCAGCCGGAGCCCCGCCCCCCACAAGCCAGCAAGUACGACAAGCUGCCAAUCAGGAUGGAGGAGACGGGGGAGGAGUGGGAAGAGGUGGAGGAGCGCUGGGCCGAGCUCAGCCAACCCAACGGCUUCGUCAGCGGCUUCCUGCACUGGAAGGCCGGGGGAGGAGACUCCACCACCCACAUCCAGACACACUUUGAACCCAGCACGGGAGACUUCACCCCCCGAACCCGGCGGAGAGGGAGGGGGGAGGAGGAGGAGGAGGUGAAGAGAGGGAGAGGGAGGGAGGAGGUGAGGAGGGAGGAAGAGGCGGAGAAGAACCUGGCAGCCGGGGAGGAAACUCCACCUGAGACAGAACAAGGCUCCCUGUCAGAGGUCAGAGGUCAGAGGUCACCAGCUCACAGCGAGGCGGCCCACAGUCCCAUCAGCCAGCUGGAGGACGAGCCUCGCUGCUGGGACGAGGCUCCUCUGUCCACGGCCGAGUCCUGGCAGGACUCCCUGACCAAACGCUGCGUCUGCAUCUCCAACAUUGUGCGCGGCCUCUCCUUCGUCCCCGGGAAUGACGCCGACAUGUCGCGGCACCCCGGCCUGGUGCUGAUCCUAGGCCGGCUGGUGCUGCUGCACCACCACCACCCCCGCAGGAAACGGACACCGCCCACCUACCAGCGGGAGGAGGAGCAGGGUCUGGCCUGCAGCCGGGACGAGUGGUGGUGGGACUGUCUGGCGGCGCUCAGGGAAAACACGCUGGUGACGCUGGCCAACAUCUCGGGCCAGUUAGACCUGUCGCUGUACCCCGAGAGCAUCUGCCUGCCCAUCCUGGACGGGCUGCUGCACUGGAUGGUGUGCCCGUCCGCCGAGGCCCAGGACCCCUUCUCCUCAGCGGGCGGCUUCUCCUCGCUCACGCCUCAGAGACUGGUGCUGGAGUGUCUGUGCAAGCUGAGCAUCCAGGACUGUAACGUGGACCUGCUGCUUGCCACACCGCCGUUCAGCCGCCAGCAGAAGCUUUUCGCCACGCUGGUGCGGCUCGUGGGCGAGAGGAAGAGCCAGGUGUGCCGGGAGAUGGCGGUGGCCAUCCUGUCCCACCUGGCGCAGGGCGACUCCACGGCGGCGAGGGCCGUCGCCCUGCAGAAGGGCAGCGUGGGAACUCUGAUCGGCUUCCUGGAGGACAGCGUGGCCAUGGCCCAGUACCAGCAGAGUCCACACAGCCUGCUGCACGCCAACACGCCGCCAGAGCCGCCCAGCAUCAACAUGAUGUGCCGCGCCGCCAAGGCGCUGCUGGCCAUGGCAAAGGUGGAGGAGAACCGGACGGAGUUCGUUCUGUACGAGAGCCGGCUGCUGGACAUCGCACUGUCGGCCGCCCUCAACUCCUCGGUGGCGGCCAUCAUGUGUGAAGUACUGUUUAAAAUCGGCCGCUCGUGACACGAACACCAACACAGAGCGCGCUCGGUGGGGCUGGAAGCAGCUCCGACCAUGUGACGAACUGGCUCCUAUUAUAUUUUUAUUUAAAGAACAGAACACAAAUGUUUUUACAUACAAAUGAAUAUAUAUAGAAUAUAUAUAGCUCCUCUGCUCCAUCCGCAAAUGUUUAUUUGGGAUUUUUAAGUAAUUUUAAUACAAAAAUAUUUAAUACUUGUAUUUUUAAUUUUUUAUUCUUUUGUCAGUUUGUUGUUUUGUUUUGUUUUAACCAAAGUGUGACGGUGGAGAACACUCGGGUUCUGGCUCUUUGUGUUUUAAACGGACGUGGUUGUUUCUUUCGGUUUGCGGGGCUGUUUUUUUUUGGGGGGGGGGGGGUUAGUUAGAUUUGGGAGCGUGGUCAGAUUUAUUUAAAACAGUGACACAUGUUGUAGAUAGGCCUCUCUUUUCUCAUGUGGUAUGACAGAGGAAACACUGAUGUUCAGUCAUGUACUUUGUUCUGGUGCAAUAGGUUUGUUUUGGGCGUUUUUUUUAAAUGUGAAUUAUUUGACCAUCUGCAGUUUGACCAUCAGUAUUUUGCCGAACCACAGCAGUAUCAAGCGGCAGCGGGGGGGUGGGGGGGCUGCGUCACUUUCUCUUUCUUAAGAACUUUUUCUGUCUCUUCCACCAAUCAAAUCUAAAUUUCCCUCCACCGUCAUCAUCCUCCUGUAAAUAGACGAUGUACAGCUGAGCUCCAACAUGGCGUCAUGACUCGGUGACAGUAGCUGGUGAUGCGUUCACGGUCGUCAUUUAUAAUCACAACUCUGCUCACCUGAAGAUUUAGUUUGUCUCUUCCCAGCAGGUGAAGACUUAUUUUUUCUGUACUUUAAAGGAACAACCCUCAAUUUUCAGGAUGUUUUAAUUGGGGUGGUGGGAGGGGGCAUUUGAUUUGAGAGACUGUAUGUACAGGAGGUUCAGGGGGUGGGGAGGGGACUGUACUCAUCAUGUUGCUAACUGACACGACUUCAAAAACAGUUAUAACAAAUGUAAAGAGAGAAAAAAAAGAAAAAUCUUCCAGAACAUCUCCUGUUUGAUUUGACAAACGUUGUUUCUUCAGUAUGAGAUCUUUAUAUGUUCCACGACAUGUUAAAGAAUAAACGUACAUGAACUCUGGUUGAGCACUGUGAA